ACCGCUUUUUUCCGCUGCUCGUUUUCCCACUUUUCCUUUUCCUAAAUUUCGUCGCACUUGUCAAAUACUGAAAGAGACUCUCACACACAAACACACUCUCUCAUUUCGUCGCCGAUUUCAACAUAAUUUCGUACAUUUCACGCUUCGCUCUUCGAUCGACAAUUCAUGGCUUCUGAAACACUUGUGGGUGCAUGCAAUGGCAGUGUCUAUACACAUCCAGACCCCCAAAGAAGUUACCAAGUUGUUGUUGCUGCCACACGUGCAAUGGGUAUUGGAAAAGAUGGAAAAUUACCAUGGAGGUUACCUUCAGACCUCAAGUUUUUCAAAGAAAUCACCAUGACAACAUCAGAUCCAGUGAAAAAGAAUGCUAUUAUAAUGGGAAGAAAAACAUGGGAAAGCAUACCUUUAGAACAUAGGCCACUCACUGGUCGCCUCAAUGUUGUUUUAACUCGUUCAGGGAGUUUUGAUAUUGCAACUGCUGAAAAUGUUUUAAUGUGUAGCAGCAUGAUUUCAGCUUUGGAAUUGUUAGCUUCAUCACCCUAUUGUUUAUCUAUCGAAAGGGUGUUUGUGAUUGGUGGUGGUGAAAUCUUAAGGGAGUCACUGAAUGCUCCUGGAUGUGAUGCAAUCCAUAUAACUGAAAUUGAAACAGACAUUGAUUGUGACACUUUCAUACCAUCUAUCAACACUUCAGAAUUCCAACCAUGGUAUUCGUCAUUCCCACAACUUGAGAAUGGAAUCCGCCAUUCCUUCAAUACAUAUGUUCGUGUGAAAAGCUCCGGAAUUGAAGCCUCCAAGGUUAAUGGUUCAUUGUCUGAAUGCCAUUCCGAAUCACCAAAAUUUGAUGCAAGAAUGUUCUCUUUUUUGCCCAAAAAGAUAUUUGAAAAGCAUCAAGAGUUCCUUUAUUUGAAACUAGUGGAGGAUAUAAUUUCUAAUGGUGCUUUGAAGGGUGAUCGUACUGGAACUGGUACUCUGUCAAAAUUUGGUUGCCAGAUGCGGUUUAAUCUGCGAAAGUCUUUUCCACUCCUUACAACCAAGAAAGUGUUUUGGCGUGGAGUUGUGGAGGAACUUUUGUGGUUCAUAAGUGGGUCAACAAGUGCUAAGGUCUUGCAAGAUAAGGGCAUUCAUAUAUGGGAUGGUAAUGCAUCAAGAACCUACCUAGACAGUAUUGGCUUGGUGGAUAGAGAAGAGGGUGACCUGGGUCCUGUUUAUGGGUUCCAGUGGAGACAUUUUGGUGCAAAGUAUACAAAUAUGCAUGCUGACUACAGUGGUCAAGGGUUUGACCAAUUGCUAGAUGUUAUUGACAAAAUUAAAAACAAUCCAGAUGAUCGUCGUAUACUUCUUUCAGCAUGGAACCCUUCAGAUCUCAAACAAAUGGCACUUCCACCAUGUCACAUGUUUGCUCAGUUUUAUGUAAAUCAAGGAGAGUUAUCUUGUCAAAUGUAUCAGCGAUCAGCUGACAUGGGCCUUGGUGUUCCAUUUAACAUAGCAUCAUAUGCCUUGUUGACUUGCAUGAUUGCCCAUGUUUGUGAUCUUGUUCCUGGUGAUUUUGUCCAUGUUCUUGGUGAUGCUCAUGUCUAUAGCACUCAUGUCAGACCCUUGCAGGAUCAGCUUCAUAAGCUCCCUAAACCUUUUCCUGUGUUGAAAAUUAAUUCUGAGAAGAAGGAUAUAGAUGGUUUUGUAGCUGAUGAUUUUAAACUCAUAGGAUAUCAUCCUCAUCAGAAAAUAGAAAUGAAAAUGGCAGUAUAGAUCCGAUUUUGGGGGCAAUGGGUGUCGUGUUUUUAUGUAACGACGUGGAUAAUGAUAUUAUUAUUAUAAUAUAUAGUUAUUGGGAAUCCCUUAGUUCCACAUAUUGGUUAAAGGUGAUCUGGUUAUGUAGUUAUGUUUUAGCUGAUUGAUGAAGAUUUUGUUAAAACAAGAGCCUGUUAUGACUUGUGCGAGUUGUACUUUUCGCUUGGGUUAUUGUACCUUGUAGCUUUGUUAGUAUCAGUGCAAAAACUAAGACUAUAUAUACUUAAUGAGAUUCUGGGUAUUGGUAUUA